AUGCCUUUCUUCACAAACCCCACCUCCUUCCGCCUCAAUCCCCUCAACGUCCUCGUUGCAGGCGGCGACUCCAGCCCACAUAUCGCCACUUCCCAUACCCUCACCAACUUCGCCUCCCUCCAUACACGCAACGAUCAUGAUUCGCAUCCCGCCCUGGGCCAUCUCAUCCUGCUGGUCUUCGAGGCCGUGAUGGAAGUGGUGUGUGUUAGCUUGCCGGGAUAUAUUGUCGCGAGGCAAGGCAUGUUCGAUGCCGAUCAGCAGAAAUUCGUGGCGAAUUUGAACGUUUCUCUGUUCACGCCGUGUCUGAUCUUCACCAAACUGGCGUCCCAACUGACUGCGGAUAAGCUGCUGGAGCUGGCUGUAAUUCCAGUCAUCUUCGUGAUCCAGACCACGGUCUCCUACCUGGUGUCCAUCGCUGUCUCAAGGGGCUUUGGAUUCAAUAAGAGAGCUGGCAACUUCGUCACGGCUAUGGGUGUGUUUGGAAAUUCCAACUCGCUCCCCAUCUCGCUCGUCAUCUCGCUAUCGCAAACCCUGCGCGGAUUACAUUGGGACAAGAUACCAGGAGACAACGACGACGACGUGGCAGCAAGAGGUAUUCUUUACCUGCUGAUCUUCCAACAACUUGGACAAUUGGUACGUUGGAGUUGGGGGUACCACGUCUUGCUCGCAUCACCCGAUAAGUACGAAGUGGUGGAGACGUCGGAUCUUGAAGGAGCCCGAUAUACAGACGACCCGGAGCUGAUUCCUGGUCUGGAUGGCUCCAACGUCGAGGAACACCGGAGGUUGCACGGGAACAAUUCCUCGUCUACGGUGUCGUUUGAGUCUGGAGGAAGGACCCCCAUCACAAACGCCCAGUAUCCAGACUCGGUGGAUUCGGACGAUGACGAGCCCAUCAAAACUAUCAAUCCGACUCCCGCAAAUGGAAAUGUCCUACCUAGUGACUUUUUGAGCGGCAACAUAACCUCUUUCCCAAGUAUCCGAGCCCCUGCUCCGGGCGACGACUGGGAAAUUCCCCGUGGUGUCCGAGGAAUCAUUCCAAUGGUCCAUCUGAAGUCCAGACGUGGACUCUUCCAUGUCACCCACAAAAGCAAGCGAAUUUCGCAAAAGGUCUUUGGGGCUCUUCCCUCCCCCGUGCAAACCGCGCUGGCAUACACGUACUCCGCCUUCUUCAGAUUCUUCGCCAGCGCUUGGGAAUUCAUGAACCCCCCUCUUUGGGCCAUGCUGCUCGCCAUCAUCGUAGCUUCAAUCCCCAAACUCCAGCACCUCUUCUUCGCCGACGGCUCCUUCAUUGCGAACUCCGUUACCCGAGCCAUUUCGCAAUCCGGUGGCGUCGCUGUCCCCUUGAUUCUAGUCGUUCUCGGCGCCAACUUGGCUCGCAACACUCUCCCCAAAGAAUCUUUGGACGAGAACUCCGAGGAGAACAAGAUUGGCACGAAGCUCCUGGUUGCUUCGCUUAUCUCGCGCAUGUUGCUCCCGACGCUCAUCAUGGCGCCUCUGCUUGCUCUUGCGGCGAAAUACGUACCAGUCAGCAUCCUCGACGAUCCCAUUUUCGUCAUCGUCUGCUUCUUACUCACGGGUGCGCCGAGCGCGUUGCAACUGGCGCAGAUUUGUCAGAUCAACGGUGUUUACGAGGGCGUAAUGAGCAAAUUGCUGUUUCAGAGCUACGUUAUCUGGUACGCUACCCAGUCCCCAGUUCUCCACUCUACCUUGCUAACGGGAAGCAGGAUCCUGCCUUCAACUCUCAUCCUCGUAAUGUGCGCCCUGGAAGUAGUCGAAUGGGCGGCAUGA